AUGAUUCUCUUUGAGAAAAGAGGUAAGAUUAUUAGUAUUCCAGUUAGUUCACAACAAUUAUGCAUCUUAUCCUGAGAAGCUGGUUUCAGCGAGGUUGGGGACAGUUUUCCACGUUAAGAAUCCUUAAAUUCUACUCUAGUCUUUCAUUAUUGCUGAAUACCCUAUAGUCAUCAAUCGCCUUAUGUUACUAAAAGAUAGAAUUGAUAGAAGGGAUAGGAAAAGGUAGCUUCUCGGAUUACUCCAAAUAUGA